CACACUCAUCCAAACGCCGUCUUUGUAACAGUCGCUUCAACUAAAUCUCAUCAACAUGAUCAGACCUGUGCUGGAGAUACUGCUGGUGGUGGUGGUCACCUCACAGGCCCACAAACACUACGGCAACUACAACGCCAAUAAGCCCCAGGCGACGUGUGUGCCGAAGGUUCAGUAUGUGACAACCACGCAGACGCAAACCAACUUCAUCUCUACGACUCUCUACCACAUCAACACACAGUACACGACCAGGUACCAGCCCCAGAUUCUAACGCACACGCAGCAGCAGACGCAAUACUUGACGCAGACGAGGACGGUGUCGCAGUACAUGACGCAGACCGUGCCGGAGUACGUGACCACCACACAGUACGAGCAGCAGUACAUCACGGUGACGCAGCCAUGUCAACUAGAGACUGUAGGCUACAAUCAGCGAGGCUAUCAGGGCUAGAACCGAGGGUAUGACUAUGAUGCUUUAAGACUCGUAAGUUAAGUUUCUUUGGUAACUGAUCAUUUGGCUGACAUUAAAGCUACCAUACUAAGAUGACGGGCAAAACAAGUCAAAGUUGCUCUGAGAUUCAACUCUAACAAAAUGCGUUCUAUUACCCUCAGUUACCAGGGAUACGUUAAGUUACGGAUCUUUGGGAAUUCAGAGAGGAUCUUUAUUGACGUGUACAUGGAGCUGAAUUCUGGAAGAUUUACCCAAAAAAAAAAGCAUUUCUGAAUGUCUAGGCGUGAGGUUUAUCGUUCUUUACGUCUCUGAAAAUUUUGUAUUUUGAACUUUGCCUUUUUCACUAUUUGGUAAUAAAUAAUAAAAUCGA